AUGGUCAUGUCCUACAGCGCAGUAGCGCAGCCCAACGCGGAUACUCCGAAAGUCAUGUCCAUCGCGUCGAAGACCUCGCCUUCGCCUUCGACGGCAGUACAGCCGUCAUCAUCAGCGACCGAAGAUGCACCGGCCUCCUCAUCCACCCCGACCCUUCCGGCCUCGAGUUCCACAUCCACAUCCGCACCAGAAGCAGGGAGCAGCGCCAAGCCCCAAAUCAAACACCUUAUCCUGGACGCCGGUCCCUUAUUAUCACUCACGCCCCUCCGCCACCUCGCCGAAAAGCUGUAUACGACCCCCGCUGUUCUGGCAGAAUUGAGGGAUCCGAAAGCAAGGGAAUACUUUAAGCGGAUACAAGGUGGGAUGGAGGGCGUGAAUGUGGAGGUUGUGCAGCCUACGGGAGAGGCUAUGGCGAGGGCAGUAAUCGCAUUCGCCAAGAAGACAGGAGACUAUGCUGUGCUUAGUACGACCGAUCUGGGUGUCAUCGCCUUGACGCUGCAGUAUGAGAUGAAGGAGAAUGGACUGGAGGGGAUAAGGCUGGAGCCAGGGAAGAAGGGACCUGCUGGUGCAAAGGCGCCAGCUCAGGCGGAGAGCGAUGAUGAGGAAGAAGCAGAGGAGCAUGACGAGGAGGAAGAUGGCGCGGAGCCGAAUGCAGCAGGGGGAGCGUCAAACGAGAUCGAAACCGCACCGUCUGCCUCCCUCGACUCUGCAUCCUCAGCCGCUGUGCAGAUGAACGACCUCACCCUCUUCUCUCCACCCUCGGCAGAACCUACCUCCUCGAGUCCAUCCUCAUCUAUAUCUCCACCAUCCGCCCCUGCCUCCGCGCCAGCGCCAGCCUCAGCCCAGGCUGAUGACGACGACUCUGACUCUGACGCUGGCGAAUGGAUCACACCCUCCAACGUCUCGGUCCACCGUUCCCGGGACCUCGGACACCUCCCCGAAGGCGGUCAUGCAUCCCUCAAAGAAAUCACCGCGGCGUGCAUGACGGGCGACUUUGCCGUCCAAAACGUACUGCUCGCGAUGGGUUUAGGACUGGUCGGUGAGGGCGGGAAGCGGAUAAGUAAAGUCAAGAGCUGGGUGUUGAGGUGUCACGCAUGUUUCAAGACAUGUAAAGACCCCUCCAAGAAGUUCUGCCCAUCAUGCGGCAACCCGACCCUCCUCCGUACAUCCACAACAACCACCGCCAAUGGCAAAACCCACCUCCAUCUCAAGAAGAACUAUCAGUACAACCUUCGCGGGACCAAGUUUACUAUUCCGGAUGCCAAGCCCGGAAGGGCAAAGGGGCAGCUCAAAGGCGGGACGGGGCUGAUUUUGAGGGAGGAUCAGAGGGAGUGGACGGAUGCUGUCAAGAUGGAGGAAGGGAGGAGGGGGAAGGAGGAGAAGAAGAUGUUGAAGGGUUGGGAUGAUCCGGAUUGGAUGCCUGAGAUUAUCACGGUGGGCAUGUCGGGGAAGGGACGGAUGGGGUCGCAUGGGCUGCCUAAUAUUGGACAUGGGCGGAAGAAUCCCAAUAUCGCCAAGAAGAAGAGAUGA